AUUCCCUAAUCACUACAAAACACAAAAAUGAUCCUUGUUCCUCUCCUCUUUAUUCACUUAACUAUUUCCUUAUUCACUAACGGUUCACUAGCCCAAAAAAUUCAUACUAGACAAACGGACGUAACCACGCCCAUAACAACCGUUCCAACGAUAACUUCAGGAAAUUCGAACCCAAUUGCACAACCUAAAGCCACAACCACCCCAUUACCAUCAUCAACAUUUUCAGGUCGAAGUUGGUGUGUUGCUAGUCAAUCUGCUUCGCAAACGGCAUUACAAGCUGCUUUGGAUUACGCUUGUGGUUUUGGGGGCGCAGACUGCUCCGCGAUUCAACAGGACGGUUCGUGUUAUAAUCCUAAUACCCUUCACCACCAUGCUUCUUAUGCAUUCAACAAUUAUUAUCAGAAGAAUCCAAUUCCUAGCAGUUGCAAAUUUGGUGGCACUGCCAUUACAACCAGCACUGACCCAAGUUAGUCUCUUUUCUUUU